GCCUCCGGGACCUACCUGCGCGCAGCACGGAGAAGGGGAAAGGGGCCAUUCAAUUGUACGCGUAUUUGUCAAUUGGGCUUAUUUCUUCUAUCAAUUGGUCUUCCUCUUUCAUUCUGCGGUUUUGCACUGGUUCCAAAGAUGUCUGUCCGGGUCGUCGCAAGGAUACGGCCGUUGCUGGAGGGCGAGGCCGACAAGGACGUGAUUGUCCGCGCCGACUGCAAAGAUGGCAGCACCAAGCCAACCGUCGUCAAGAUACCGAAUCCCAAGAACGAGUCUGAGGAUUUCAAUUUCUCCUUCGGUGGUGUUUACGACCAGUCAGCCACGCAGGAGGCUUUGUUUACUGCCGAAGUCUCUCCCCACAUGAAAGCCCUCUUCCAAGGCCUCGAUGUCACCAUAUUCGCGUACGGGGUCACUGGCACCGGCAAAACACACACCAUGCGAGGCGGGCUGAAGCUGGCAGACAGGGGACUCAUUCCUCGGCUCCUGAGCAACGUCUUCCGCCGGGGAAAGAAGACCGCCAAGGACUCGGAUGGUGCGACAACAGUCGAAGUCACACUUUCGUACUAUGAGAUCUAUAAUGACAAAGUGUUCGACCUCCUUCAACCUCCCGAAAGGCGCACGCCCUCAGGACUGCCCCUGCGCGAGGCCAAUGGCAAGACGAUCGUGGUUGGUCUGUCCGAGCAGCCAUGCGAAGACCUCAACAACUUUGAGAAGCUGUACAUCGAGGCCAACAACAACCGUAUCACGGCUGCCACCAAGCUCAAUGCCCACAGCAGCCGGAGUCACGCCAUCCUGCGCGUCAAGGUUACCCAGACGACGGGCGAACAAGUGCUGGAGAGCACAGUGUCUAUGAUAGAUCUGGCAGGAUCAGAGGACAACCGUCGCACCGAGAACAACCGCGAACGUCUGGUCGAGUCUGCCGCCAUCAACAAGUCCCUCUUUGUCCUUUCGCAAUGCGUCGACGCCAUCUCUCGUGGUGACAAGCGCAUUCCCUAUCGUGAAUCCAAGAUGACCAGGAUCCUAUCUCUCGGCCAGAACAACGGGAUCACUGUCAUGAUUCUCAACCUUGCCCCCAUCCGGAGUUAUCACCUGGACACACUGAGCAGCUUGAAUGUCAGCUCGCGUGCCAAGAGGAUCGAGGUCCGGGAGAUCGAGAACGAGAUUGUUUUCAAGCAGGCACCGCGGUCUAUGACACUUAGCGGUACCGGGAUCCAGAGACAGCCUCUGAGGCCGCUGACAAAUGCGCACAACGUCCACGCGGGGGUGGUCGCGAAGGAGAAAGCAGACAAGGAGAAGAACAGGGACAAGCCCACAAAGUUGUUCAGUGUCUUCGUAGACACCAAAACCACGGCUUCUCGUCCCGCCGCGGCGGCCAUGUCUUCAGCACCACGCAAUGUACUUUCCAGCAAGCGCAAGUCUGACGCUGUCGAUGGGCAAAACCGGCCGUCGAAGAUGAUCCGACCGCCGGCGGCGGCGCGGCCUCAAGCGGUGUCGGCCUCGCAAUCCGUGACUAUGUCAGCCGCCCAGAUUGAGGAGAUGGUUGAGCGAAAGGUGCAGGAGAUUCUAGCUUCCAAAAUCGCAGCACAGUCUCGGGAGGGGGAGAAUGCGCCUCUUCCGAUCCAACCAGCUUCAGCUGAUAUCAGUGAAGCCGUGCAACGAAGACUCGACGCGCUCGAGCGACGCAUCGAGGACACACAUGGUGAAGCAGGUGGUGGCAAGUCCGAGGGCAUGCGACUGCUGCUCCAAGCCAGGAAGCUAAAAGAACAGGGCGACGAUGAGGGCACUCUGACAUGCUACGAGUCUGCGCUACGGUAUUUCCCAACGCAACCGAAGCUGCUGGGAAAGAUCGAGAAGCUGAAGGCGAAGAUUGCCGCCAAGAACGCUAACACCGAGGGAGGCGAACAGACCCAGGAGCAGGAGAAGCCCAGGAGCAGGAAGAGAGCUGCAAAGCCCCAACCGGAUGACGAAAACGAAACCCACGACCCUCCUUAUGUCGAUGGCGACGCAGGCGCAGACGCCGACGAGAGCUACGUCGACAGCGCACCUACCCGCUCCCAACCGAAAGCCAGGUCCAAGACCCCAUCCCACGAGGGUGCCAACAACAACCCCCUCGCCAACCUUCCCGCCGAUGACCCCCGCACGCACCAGCUGCUCGAGAUUGUGAACUCGCGGGACGUGAGCCUGAUCAAGGGGCUCCGCGGCUUCGGCGCGAAGAAGGCCCAGAGCCUGGUGGCGCGCAUGAACGGUAUCGACUACAACGGGACGCGCCCCGACCAGUUCCGGGUCGACUCGCUGGCGCAGCUGAGUGGGGUGUUUGGCAUGGGCGAGAAGGUUGUGGAGAAGGCGUGGGAGGGUCUUGCCGGUGUCAGCGAGGGUGUUUGCUAAUUCGGCUUGUCUUUUGGUGUCGGCGUUGUUUUUCUGUAUUGGCAGGCGGUCGCUUGGCGCUACUUUUGCCGGGUCUUGCCCUUAUUGCAUGGCGUGGAGUUAUGGAAGGUUUAAUUAUGAGUGAGCAUUGCUGCUUAGUCCAAGUACUGUCGAAAC